AUGGCUGAGAAUUGCUUGACUGGCGCCUGCCUCUGCAAGAGCAUAGCAUACCAUAUUAUUUUGCCCACGUCAGAGUCAUUCCCUAAAGUGAUUAUUUGUCACUGCACCAAUUGCAAACGCUAUACCGGCUCCAGCUUUUCCGCCAAUAUCAUCGUACCGCAAUCUAGUUUAAAGUACAUCAAGGGGUCACCCAAGUUGUAUUCGGAUUGCAGCAAUAAGGGCGGGCAGGUAUUGCGCGAGUUCUGUCCUGAUUGCGGUACGCCAUUCACAUCACGAUCAAACGAUGAUAAAGAAGUCAUCGCGGUGAAGUCGGGAACACUCGAUGAAGAGCACCGACUUAAUUGUGCGAAAUUAGCAACAGAAAUCUACUAUCAUCGAAAGGAUAAAUGGGUGGACGAAAUGGGAAAUGAGGAUGUUCAGAGGAUCAAUGGUAGCAUGGGUCUUUAG